AUGGAGUUGACUCCAAGUUGGCCUUAGCUUUCCUUGGCCAGGAAUGAUAAGACUCCCAAGCUUUGCGAACAGAUGCUUAUAACAUGGACAUGGUCGGUCUAAGAAACAUGCCUUCUCGAUUCCCAAACAUCUGUGGGAUUUGCGACUGCCAGCACCCACUACGCGAAGAUGGCCUCCAAAGAACAGGCGGUCGAGAAGGUCGUCGAAUCCAAUAUAACCACAGACUUCGAGUUGGAACCGGGGCGCCUGUAUGAACUACCCCAGAGCGAUGAUACGGACGAGAAGAGAAUAUUUGAUUAUGAGUCGGAGCGUUCGCCAUUCCCCGAGGUUCGGGCGGUUGUGCCCGAAACGGAUGAUCCAACUAUGCCGGUCAACACUCUGCGUAUGUGGACUCUUGGGAUCAUUUUCACGAUUCUCGGAUCUGGUAUCAACCAGUUCUUCUCGCUCCGAUACCCAUCCGUUCACAUUGUCUCGCUGGUUGCAGAGCUUUUGGCCUAUCCAUUCGGUGUCUUUCUUGCAAAAGUGUUACCUUUGACAACUAUUCGUCUUGGUCGACUUGGGUCUUUCAGUCUCAAUCCGGACCAUCAUUUCAAUAUCAAAGAACACGCAGUGAUCGUGAUCAUGAGCAAUGUUUCGUUCGGAUACGGGAGCGCGGACUCAACCAACAUCAUCCAAGCAUCAAGCUCCCAGUUCUAUAAUUUUGGCCUCAAAGCCGGAUUUUCUGUCCUUAUAGUUUUAUGUGCACAGCUUCUAGGAUUCGGAAUAGCCGGACUAGCUGCACCAUGGCUAGUCGAGCCGGCCAACAUCAUUUGGCCUCAAGUUCUGUCCAAUUGUGCUAUGUUGGAGACGCUUCAUUCUCGCUCGAACAAGAUCGCCAAUGGCUGGAGAAUUUCCCGCCUGCGUUUCUUCCUAUACGUUACUGCCGGCGGUUUCGUUUGGUACUUCUUCCCCGGAUUGAUCUUUACAGCCCUCUCAUAUUUCACGUGGAUCUGCUGGAUCGUACCUCGCAACGUCGUCGUGAACCAGCUCUUUGGAAUGCAAUCAGGUCUUGGAUUAAGCCCCAUCACAUUCGACUGGAGCCAAAUUGCGUAUAACACGAAUCCCCUUCUUUCUCCCUCGUGGGCCGCAGUGAACGUUUUCGCGGGCUUUGCGCUUUUCUUCUGGGUCGUUGUUCCGGGUAUCUACUACUCCAACACAUGGUUCACGGCCUAUCUCCCCAUGAUGACUAGCGACGUUUACGACCGAACCGGGGCAGUCUACAAUACAGCCCGAAUCGUCAGUCCCGAGAAGACCCUCGACAUCGAAGCGUAUAAGAAUUACUCACCCCCUUACCUCGGAGCCACAUUCGCUUUUGUCUACGGCCCGUCCUUUGCAUCCAUUACCGGCGUACUCACGCACAUCGGGGUGUGGCACCACAAAGACAUCUGGGCUGCUUUCAAGGGCAAAAACAAGCUCGAUAUUCACGCUCGUUUGAUGAAAACAUACAAAAACACCCCAUGGUACUGGUAUGCAGCCAUCAUCGUCGCCAUCACCGGCAUGGCCAUCGCCAUGGUCGAAGUCUACGAGACCAAGCUGCCUGUUUACGGCGUCUUCCUCGCCCUCGUCAUCCCCGCCAUCUACAUGGUCCCCUGCGGCAUGAUCCAAGGCAUCACGAACGUCGACGCAAAUCAGCUCAACGUCCUCAGCGAAUUCAUCGGCGGCUUCAUCUUCGAAGGCAAACCUCUCGCCAACAUGAUCUUUAAGAUCCUGAGCACCGACGUCGUCGGCCAGGGCAUCUACUUUGCCAUGGACAUGAAACUAGGCCAUUACUUGAAAAUCCCCCCUCGCACCCUCUUCCUCGCCCAGGGCCUCGCUACCAUCCUCGGCGCCCUCACCCAAACCGGCGUCACCCUCUGGAUGCUCGGCCAUAUCUCCGAUAUCUGCUCCUCCGACCAGCCGGACGGUUUCUCCUGCCCUAACGGCCGCACCGUCUACUCGUCCUCCGUCAUCUGGGGCCUCGUUGGCCCCCGCCGUCUCUACUCCGUCGGCCAGAUCUACUCCCCCCUUCUUCACUUCUUCUGGAUCGGUGCCAUCACCCCUAUCAUCACCUACUUCCUCUACAAGUACACCCGCCGCAGUAUCUGGAAAUUCAUAAACUGGCCUCUCAUCUUCGUCGGAACCUACAACGUCCCUCCUGCAACCGGAAUCAACUACUCCAGCUGGGCGCUCGUCAACUUCGCCUUCAACCACCUCAUCAAACGCCGCUUCUUCGCCUGGUGGACUAAAUACAACUACAUCCUCGCCGCGGCCCUCGACACCGGCCUCGCCCUCAGCGGCAUCGUCAUCUUCUUCUGCAUCUCGUACCCCGGCGCCGUGUUCCCCGAUUGGUGGGGGAACACGGUUUAUUUGGAUACGGCGGAUGGGCAGGGCGUCGCGUGGAAGGAUAUGCCGGAGGUUGGGUAUUUUGGGGGUGCGAAUGGGACUUGGUCAUAAUUCUGUUUGUUUUUGCCUUGCCUUUUCUUGAGUUGUGGUUGUUGUGUAUAUGCUCUAUGUGCGGUUUGUCAUGGUUUAAGUGGUUUCUACUCGUUGAGUCUGAUCAGUGGCUGAAGUAUAGCUGAUUGAGGGAGCGGAGGGAGGUGAGUUUGCGAAUCUACUGUUCGGCGAUGAAUUGACAGUACGAU